AAAAGGAUCUGUCCCUUCCAUGGUAAUCCAUACUUGCCUAUAACAAUCCUAUACGCUUCUAUUUAUCCCUACAAUAAAUUUCCAAUUUUCACUUAUUUUACAAGAUGAAGGUCCAGAGAGAGAAAAAAUUUGCAAUCCUAAUGGCAGCAAGGGAUUCAGAGUAUGUGAAGAAUGUGUAUGGUGGAUAUUUCAAUGUAUUUGUUGAAGCAUUAGCAGAUGAAGGAGAGAAAUGGGACUUGUUUCGUAUAGUCGAGGGGGAAUUCCCCGACCUGGAUGAUCUUCAAAACUAUGAAGGAUUUGUGAUUAGUGGAAGCCCUCAUGAUGCAUAUGGGGAUGAAUAUUGGAUUCUUGAACUUUGCUUUCUUUUGCAGACAUUAUUUGCCAUGCAAAAGAAAGUUCUUGGAAUUUGCUUUGGCCACCAGGUUUUGUGUAGAGCUUUGGGGGGAAAAGUUGGGAAAGCAUAUAGUGGUUGGGAUAUUGGAAUAAGAAAAGUUAGGUUUACUGAGGAGUUCUCCUUUUAUGGCUAUGUUGAUGACAGUUCCGAUGAAAUUCCUCCCACUCUUUCAAUCAUAGAGUGCCAUCAAGAUGAGGUUUGUGAAGUGCCUGUGGGUGCACAAGUUCUUGCAUGUUCUGAUAAAACAGGAGUAGAAAUGUUCACAUUUGGGGAAUAUAUUCUAGGAAUUCAGGGACAUCCUGAAUAUACAAAAGAUAUUCUUGAAAAUCUCAUUGAUCGUAUUGUCUCCAAUGAUUCCAUCGAGAAGGGUUUUGCAGAAGAAGCCAAGUUGAAGUUAAUUAAAGCAGAAGCAGAUAGGAAAUACUGGGAAAGGAUUUGUAAGAGCUUUCUCAAAGGCAGAUGGAUUACCCAGUCACCCACAUACUGUUCAUGACUUUGCUUCUUUCUACACUUCGUGUGCUUUUGUGGAAAAAAACCUAUGUUUUAGCCUCUACUUAUUCUACACUUGUCCAUUUGAUGGUUGAAAACCAGAUUCCAAGGCAAUAAAUCAUUAACAACUUGUUUAGCC